AUGGUCACUUUUGCACAAGAACUUAUUGAAUCCAGAAGACUAGCAGAACGUGCUCUAGCCAUUGGCGAGUCCGGCCCCAGCACAAGGAGUAGAUCAAGGAACCGCGACAAAGUCAACGACGACGAAAUCGAAGAAACAAAGAGCGGUGAGGAAAACUACGAAGAGGAUGACGACCAAAAUGAUCCCGAGAACAAUUUCAAUGACAACGAAAUCGAGUACGUCAAAGAUGAAAGAGACAAAGAUCCUACGCACACCGGAAAUGAACCACCUGCCAUGAUUGGAAGACUGCGUGAACCUAGGGAGUCCCCAGAGGAAGAGGACCAGCAGAGUGGGUUACCAAUAAUUAACGCCGCCAGAGAUCCUAGACAAGUAAUUGUUACACCGUGGGAAGGUGUCGCCGUGAUCAAUGUUGAAGUGUCCAUCAUCACAAAGGCAGAAGUCGAUGUAGAAGUGUCCAUCGCAAAUCAAAGAGGAGGUACAGGUGUAGAGGUGUCCACCAUGCAAAUCAGAGAAUUGUAG